AUGAGUCCAGUCCUCCCCUGGCUCUGCCCAGCGCCCGAUUGGCUCCGCAGCCCGGGGGGGACCGAUAAGGGCGGCUAUAAAACCCUCGCAGCUCCCGGUCCCCCAGCGAGCAGGAGCCAGAGGGGCCGCCCGGAUCCUCCGCACAUCCCUGCGCUCAUCCCCGGCCUCGCCGGGAUCCUCCUUCCAUCCCUCCUUCCUUCCAUCCCUCCCUCCCUCCCUCCUGCCAGCGCGCAUCCAGCUCCACAUCUUCGCUCCAGCCGGAGCGCGAGGGGAGAGGCGCCAAAGCAAAAAAAAAAAAAACAUCCAAACCCAACCCCGCUGUUAGCGGAAACUUGUCAGAGAAUGCUCCUAAAGUCCGGGUUUCUCCUGCUGCUGCUGAUCAGUGCGUCCGCAUCCUCGGAAGCUGAGCAGAAUGACUCUGUGAGCCCCAGGAAGGCGCGGGUGGCAGCCCAGAACUCAGCAGAGGUGGUCCGGUGCCUGAACAGCGCUCUCCAGGUGGGCUGCGGCGCCUUCGCCUGCCUGGAGAACUCCACGUGCGACACGGACGGGAUGUACGACAUCUGCAAGUCCUUCCUCUACAGCGCCGCUAAAUUCGACACUCAGGGAAAAGCCUUCGUGAAGGAGAGCCUGAAGUGCAUCGCCAACGGAGUGACCUCCAAGGUGUUCCUGGCCAUCCGCAGGUGCUCCACCUUCCAGAGGAUGAUCUCCGAGGUGCAGGAGGAGUGCUACAGCAAGCUGGACAUGUGCGGCAUCGCCAGGCGCAACCCCGAGGCCAUCACCGAGGUGGUGCAGCUCCCAAGCCGCUUCUCCAACCGGUAUUACAACAAGCUGGUGAGGAGCCUGCUGGAGUGCGACGAGGACACGGUGAGCACCAUCAAGGAGAGCCUGAUGGAGAAGCUGGGCCCCAACAUGGCCAGCCUCUUCCACCUGCUGCAGAGCGACCACUGCGCCCAGGGCCACCCCCGCGCCGAAUUCCUGCGCAGGAGGAUCUCGGAGCCCCAGAAGCUGAAGCUGCUCCUCAGGAACCUGCGAGGCAAGGGCUCGGCGCCGGCCCACGGCAAGCGCGGCUCGGCCGAGCGCGACCAAAGCUGAGGGCUCUGCUGCAGGAGAGCGCUGCACCCCAAAGCUGGAGGACUUGUAGGUAUUUUAGCCCCCGCUCAAGGAGCCGGGUUGGGUUCCUUAGGGCUCGUUUUUAGUUCGUUCGUCUUUUCUGCUCCUCUCGGACAGCGCUCGUGGCGUGGGUCUGUGUUCGGCGUCGCGGCUUUCCCGCCGCUCUGGCUCCGGCUGCUCUCUUCCCCACCAAAACAACAACAACAACAACAACAAAAAAAAUAUCUGCUGGCCCAAAAAUAACCUUAGCCUUAAGUCGAUCCCCGCGGUUCGUUUGGAGGUUUGCCCCAAAGGCCCGGGGACGCGGCAGCGAGGGGAGGAGCCGCUCCUCUCCCGCGGGUGACGAAAGAUGCGCUAAAAACCCCCGAAACAUCCUCGGAACACCCCGCGGGAUUCGUGUCGUGAAUCCGUGCUGGCCGCGGACGAACGCGGAUGGCGCGUUCCCGGUGCUGAGCGUCGCGCUCAGCCCUGACCCCUCCCAGCACAGCGUUUAAACCGGGAUUUGCCAAACUCGCUGCCUGGUUUUAGUCACCGGGACCCGGCGCCGUGGCGCAAAACGAGCUCAGACCACCCCAAAAACCCCCAAAACUGCGAGGGGGAGGCGUUCUGCCCUGGAAAGAGGCGCCAGGCUGCGGCUGGAGCUGGCCAGGAGGUCCCACAAGCGUGCGCUGUGUUUCAAAGCUCGCACCUCUGUACUGUGUUUAACUGCCUGAAGCUUUAAGCCAAGCCUAACAGAAACAAAGCCUGUCUUAAGAUUAGAGUAUUAAAGGCCUUGCUCUAACUGUGGUAUAAAUAGUGCUAAAAGCCGUCUGUACUGUACAUAAACUCCGCCAGAGUCUGCUCCAAAGGAGCAGAGCAGAAUAACUUCCUUGCCUAAGCUGAGCUUUGUAAGUCAGCUCUUUGUUAUUGUUUUAUUUUCUCCCUGGAGGCAGCACCUCUGUCACAGUCAAGAGUUCACGUUCCACUCCGUGGCCUUUGUAGGGAAGAGGAGGGGAAAGGUUUAGGAUGGGAAUCGCAGGGCCAGGAGCAGCCUUCCAGAGCCAAAACUGAGGGGAAAAUCCAUAAAAAACACCCAAAUUCAGGCUGGUCCGUCCUGUCCCCACAGGGCUGCCAGGAGAUGCACUUAGACCCGAGGCAGAGCUGCUGGGAAUCCCGGGAUUAUGGGAUCCUUUGGGAAUCUCAGAGGGCAAAGCUCCCGUCAGGAUUUCUGGGAAAGGCAGGGGAAAUCCCUGAUUCUCUCAAGCUCCAGCAGGAGAGCUGAGGACAUGGAAUGAAGGCUCUGGGAGCUGCCUCUCCUCCUCCUCCUCCUCCUCCUCCUCCUCAGCGGGCUCUGGGAGGAGGAGCAGAGCUGGGAGACCCCAGACGCGCUCCCCAGCACAGCCAGGCUCUGCUGAGCCCAAAACCCCUCCGUGCUGCGGGAUCCUCCAGGCCAGUCCCAAAUCCACCCCGGGAGUCUCCGCAGAGCGGGAGGCUCAGCCUCAGGAGAGCUGAUAAAGGAGGGAUCUCUCUUUUCUCAUGGAAACCCGAAGCAAUAGAGCUUUAUUUUUUAUUUUUCUUUUCUUUUCUUUUCUUUUUUUUUUCAUUUUAUUUUUAUUUUGUGUUGUUUGGAAAACCACGAAGCCUUUAAAAAACCAGAACUUGCUGCUAAAGCAUCAAAACCAGAUGCAGCGGCAGCGUUUCAGAUGUCGCCGUCUUCACGAAAUGCAGCCCGAAAGCGCUGGGGGAAGCAGCAAAACAAAACAAAACAAAACAAAACAAAACAAAACAAAACAAAACAAAACAAAACAAAACAAAACAAAGAAAUGUUGCUGACAUCGGAUGAGGGUCGGAAUUUGUGAUUUUUUUGGAGGGGAUUCUCCGCACGGAGCCGUCCUGGGCAAGGAAGGUGCAGAGUUGCUCCUUCCUGAAUGGGGCAGGGAUUGAGAGGCCGACACAAAGAAAUUCAGAGAGGUGGAAACCGAAACUUCUGGAAUGUCCCCACCCUAAAAUUGAGAUUAUGUUUAGGGGCUGAUCCCCAGGGAUGCAUUCUUGACUUCCUGUUGGCAGCCAGGGAAUUGCGCUGGGGUUUGUGCACCCAGUCCAUGGGGUUUUUUUGGGAAUUGGGCACGAAAAGUCUUUCCCUGGCUUGGGGCAGUGGCCAAACCCCGCCUGGGGGAUCCCAAAGCUUCUGGGAGCUGUCCCAGGACACCUGGGCAGGGAUAUUCCCCACGGAAUUCCCCUUUCUCUGCAACCCCAAAGCGGGUGCCUAAAGCGGAUUUGGGGCCGGGGAGGAGCCUUGGACAUCCCAAUCCCGUAUUUUUUUGGGGGGGUGCCGUGAUGAAAUUUCCCUUUCCAGCAGCGAUUCCCGCCUUGUCUCCCGAACAUGGAUGGGAAGAGGAGUGGGAAGAUGAUUCCCAUGGUGGGGAUUUGCUGUGGUGACCCAGGGAAUCAUCUCCUGGAGCUCCAGGGAAUUCCCCCUGUGCCACCCACAUCCCAAAGAGCCGCAAUUCCCCGUUUUUGAGCUGCUUCGGGGCCGCUUUUGUCCCCGCUCUGGAGCAGGGAGGAAUUUCGGAUCGGGGAUUUGGAGGCUCUUCCCAUCCCUUGGGAAUGAUGGAAAGGUUUGGAUUUAGGCGCUGAGAGAUCCCUGGGGACUGGGAAUGAUCCCCAAGAUCAAGUCCAGCAAUUUCACCUCAGAAGUUCUUCUCUGCUUUUUUAUUUUAUUUCUUUAUUAUUUUAUUUUAUUUUAUUUUAUUUUAUUUUAUUUUAUUUUAUUUUAUUUUACUUUUUU